CGCCUCCGGUUCGGCUUGGUAAAAUCCGAGGGAAGCCGGUCUGCGCUGCAGUCCGUGGGGUCCGCAAAGAGUCGGAUACGACAGAGCGACUGAAUUAACUGAACUGAGGGAACCUGCGAGGCUUUGUUCCUCCCGAUGCCAUGGCCCUUCUCCAUCUGUGCCAUCAGAAUUCUCGUCCCAAAUCAGCGCAGGCCCGGUGUCGGCCGCAUCCGGGCCACGCCCCCUCGCCGGGGCCACUCCCCGAUCACGCCCCUUCCCAGUUUGGCGCUCUCAGACCUGCCCGCUGGCUCCGUCCCUUAGGCCCCGCCCUUUAGGCCCCGCCCCGUCUGUCCUCUAUCCCGAGCGGCUCCUGCGGCCCCAGCCUUCGUCUCAGCUGGGCUCCGGGAACUGCAACCAUGGCCGUCACCGCUGAGGGCGCCCGCAGGAAGGAGCGCGUCCUCUGCCUGUUUGACGUGGACGGGACCCUCACGCCGGCUCGCCAGAAAAUUGACCCAGAGGUGGCUGCCUUCCUGCAAAAGUUGCGAAGUAGGGUACAAAUCGGUGUGGUGGGCGGCUCUGACUACUCGAAAAUUGCCGAGCAGCUGGGAGAGGGGGAUGAAGUUAUCGAGAAGUUUGAUUAUGUGUUUGCUGAGAACGGGACGGUGCAGUAUAAGCAUGGACGGCUGCUCUCCAAGCAGACCAUCCAGAACCACCUGGGGGAAGAGCUCCUGCAGGACUUGAUCAACUUCUGCCUCCGCUACAUGGCCCUCCUUAGACUGCCCAAGAAGCGUGGGACCUUCAUCGAGUUCCGGAACGGCAUGCUGAACAUCUCACCCAUCGGCCGGAGUUGCACCCUGGAGGAGCGAAUCGAGUUCUCCGAACUGGACAAGAAGGAGAAGAUCCGGGAGAAGUUCGUGGAAGCCCUGAAAACCGAGUUUGCCGGCAAAGGACUGAGAUUCUCUCGUGGAGGCAUGAUCAGCUUUGACGUCUUCCCCGAGGGCUGGGACAAGCGCUACUGCCUGGACAGCCUGGACCAGGACUGCUUCGACACCAUCCAUUUCUUUGGGAACGAGACCAGCCCUGGCGGGAACGACUUUGAGAUCUACACCGACCCCCGGACAGUCGGCCACAGCGUGGUGUCACCGCAGGACACGGUACAACGAUGCCGCGAGCUCUUUUUCCCAGAGACAGCCCACGAGGCAUGACCAGGGCCCACACCUGCCCCUCAGAACUUCCAGGGAGCUCUGCCCACGCCUGAGAGAGCCCCUGGCCCUGGCGUUGGGGGGUGCCGAGGCACCUCCUCUGGCCCAGGACCCCUGCCUCGUGUUACCUACUGAAGGCCCAGCUCUGUGGGCCCGGGGUCUGUGUGGAUGGCCACCCGCAGCCGGUCAGCUCCUGGUGGGCCUGGCUUCCGUCCUCCAGCCUGAUCCGAUGGCCCUGGCUGCAGCUGCUGCCCGGAUUCUUGGCAGAAUAGGUUUCUGUCUACGCGGGACGAGUGUGCGAGUGUUGGUACGAGAUAGAGCCUGCCCUGCCUGCCUGCCUACCCUCUGUGGGGUGCAGAGCAGUGGGGACUGUGCACAUUCGUGAGAACUUUAUCUCAUGGACAUUAAACCCUGUGGAGCGUGA